UGUUCCGUACCUCUCUCUCCCAUAGCGCUUCUAUUUACUCAAAAUUUUAUCAACCAAACCCUUUCCAUUACUACCACACCAAAGCUCCUCCACAUAGAGAAAAUACACACACACAUAGAAAUAGAGAAUGAUAUAAUUAAUAUUAUAUCAUAAUAAUGGUGGGACUUAGUGUAGUAUUGGAAGCACAAAAGAGUGGUGGUAGUAGUAGUAGUAGCGGUAGUAAUAGUGGUGGAGUUGGUGGUGGUGAUGGUGGGGUUAGCAAGAAGAAUCAUCCACAAGUAAUUAACAAGACCACCAUGUUGCUCAACAACAACAACAAGCUCUCUCCUUUGCAAGCUCAUCACUCUAGUAGUUAUUUCCCAACACCUACUUUUCUUGACCAAUGCUUUCUCUGCAACCAAAAGCUCUUGCCUGGGAAAGACAUCUACAUGUACAAAGGGGACAGGGCUUUUUGUAGCGUGGAGUGCAGGUGCAGGCAGAUUUUUAUGGACGAGGAAGAAAGUCUUCAUAAAGAUCACUGUUCAUUGGCUGCAAUGAAACCCACUUCUUCUUCUUCGUCUUCUUCCUCUAGUGCUCGUAAUCAUCGCAAAGGAACAAGAAACCGAGCGGGUGGGUUUGUGAACUGAGCGUGAAAAAAAUGAAAAUCAGACCCAAAAAAAAAAAAAUUGUGAAUGAAAAUUUGGGGGGGUUUUUGGAUUUGUAUUCCAGUUUUACCCUUGGAUAAAUUUUGUAAUGACGAUGAUAUCCUCAAAGUCUUUUUGUCCUGCUUCCUAGUAUGAAGCCAAAGAAGUCUCAUUUUUAACGUAUUAGUCCCCACUA